CACUCUCUCUCUCUCUCUCUCUCUCUCUCUCUCUGAAUCAAAAAUCCUCCUUUUGCCUCUCUCUUUCCCCUAUCACUUUUCACCGAUAUCACUGAUUCUGUGACUCCAUCACUCUUAAAAUCAUACACCCACUCACGCGCGCACUCUUUCUUCUCUUUCAAAUUCUCUCUAGAUUCGGAAUGAUCGACCAAACCCACAAAAUCGCGCCUGGUAUCUGAUCAAAACCCAAAGUUACCUUCAAGUCUCUCGACUAUGUCUCUGUAUAGCUCCGGUACGUCCGCUGCUAGCAGCGCCGGUAGCUCCGUGUCCUCCACCACCAAACCCUCCGAGAUCGAUGGCCUCCUUGCCGGCGCAGGUUAUAGGGUCCGCUCUUCCGACCUUCGCCACGUCGCCCAGCGCCUCGAACGCCUCGACGCGGCCAUGGUCAACUCUCCUGCCGAGGUUUCCCAGCUCGCUUCCGACGCUGUUCACUACAACCCCUCCGAUAUCGCCUCCUGGGUCGACUCCCUCCUUUCCGAGCUCAACCAGACGGCGUCUCUGCCUUCCGAUCUUCCGGAGCUUCCCGAGCUCAUGGUGGGCCCAGGUCUCAAUCAGACGGUUUUAGCCGAAGAUGCUUGGACGGAUCACGACGCGCCUCAGCAUCAGCAGCUGAAUAAUCAGUUCCCUGUCAUGACCGCGAUGGAAGAAGAUUCCGGGAUAAGGCUAGUCCACGUGUUGCUGACGUGUGCGGAAUCCGUGCAACGUGGCGACCUUGCAUUUGCCGGUUCGCUGAUCGAAGAUAUGCAGAGCUUGCUCACACGUGUAAAUACCAGCUGCGGCAUAGGGAAAGUAGCCGGCUACUUCAUCGAUGCCCUGAGCCGCCGGAUAUUCACGCCGCAGUGUGUCGGGUUUGGUGGCGGCGUUGCCCUGGACCCGGCUUACGAGAACGAGGUUUUGUACCAUCACUUUUACGAAGCAUGUCCAUACCUUAAAUUCGCACACUUCACGGCGAAUCAAGCCAUUCUAGAAGCUUUCGACGGUCACGAUUGCGUGCACGUCGUUGACUUCAACCUGAUGCACGGCCUUCAGUGGCCGGCUCUGAUACAAGCUCUGGCGCUCCGACCCGGUGGGCCUCCUUUACUCCGAUUGACCGGCAUUGGCCCACCUUCGCCUGACGGGCGUGACUCGCUCCGAGAAGUAGGGUUGCGGCUCUCCGAGUUAGCCAGGUCCGUCAACGUCCGGUUCGCUUUCCGGGGCGUAGCGGCUUCGCGGCUCGAGGACGUGAAGCCGUGGAUGCUCCAAGUCAACCCGAAAGAAGCCGUGGCCGUAAACUCAAUCAUGCAGCUCCACCGUCUUCUCGGAUCGGAGCCGUCACGGAAUUCACCGAUAGAAAUGGUUCUUGGAUGGAUCCGGAACCUGAACCCGAAGAUCAUGACAGUGAUCGAGCAAGAAGCGAAUCACAAUCAGCCCGGGUUCUUGGACCGGUUCACAGAUGCACUAUACUACUACUCGACCAUGUUCGAUUCACUCGAAGCCUGCACGCUACAGCCGGAGAAAGCACUGGCGGAGAUAUACAUACAGAGGGAGAUAUGCAACGUGGUGUGCUGCGAGGGCUCGGCUAGGGUGGAGAGGCACGAACCGUUGGCGAAGUGGCGGGGUAGGCUAGGACAAGCGGGUUUCAGGCCAUUACAUCUGGGAUCCAAUGCGUUUAAGCAAGCGAGCAUGCUGCUGACACUGUUCUCGGCAGAGGGGUAUUGCGUGGAGGAAAAAGAAGGGUGCUUGACGCUCGGGUGGCAUAGCCGGCCUCUCAUCGCGGCUUCGGCAUGGGAAGCGCCCCUUGCACUUCCAGAUGCAAACUCACCUGCUGCUGCACCUGGGAUUUUCGUAAAUCCUCACAGUAAUCCUCCUAUAAACUCGCUGAAAAAUUGUGAAUUCCGUUCCGUUCAGUUGAGUUGAGUUCAGUUUCUCCCGUUUUGAUCACUAGCCCUACAAUUUUCGUGCCCUUAAUUUUUCUUUAAUUUACUGCCAUGCCUAGCUAUUUAAUUUAA